GUGAUCGGCAUUCUCCUCUUUCACCGCCGUCCUCUUCGGGCUUUGUAUAUCGCUGCUGCUACGCCUGGCUGUCUUUUACUCCGAGACUACAGUAGUAUAUAGUCUGCCACUAUUCCCUCCUCCGAACCACGCAACCCCAACCCCAGCCAACAUGAAGUCCCUCCUCCUCACCCUCACGGCCGCAACGCUGGCCGCUGCCCUCCCGGCUCCCGCGCCCAUCCUGAAGGCUCGCGAGCCGCCCAACAUUCCCUCCUCAUCGACAGCCCAGAGUCUGCUCGCUGGCCUGACGGUCAAGGCUCAGGGUCCCUCGGACGGGUACUCGAGGGACCUGUUCCCGCAUUGGAUCACCAUCAGCGGAGCUUGCAACACCCGCGAGACGGUCCUGAAGCGCGACGGCACAAACGUCGUUACUGAUUCGGCCUGCGCCUCCACCUCGGGCUCCUGGUACUCGCCCUAUGACGGCGCAACGUGGAGUGCGGCCAGCGACGUCGACAUCGACCACGUGGUGCCCCUGUCAAAUGCUUGGAAGUCCGGCGCAGCUAGCUGGACCACGUCCCGCCGCCAGCAAUUCGCCAAUGACCUGUCCAACCCGCAGCUCAUCGCUGUGACCGACGACGUCAACCAAGCCAAGGGCGACAAGGGCCCCGAGGCUUGGAAGCCAUCGCGGACUGCGUACCACUGCACUUAUGCCAAGAUGUGGAUCAAGGUCAAGAGCGUGUACGAUCUAUCCGUGACUUCGUCCGAGAAGAGCGCUCUGACGACCAUGCUGGGGACGUGCUGAGCGGCGA